GCUCUCCAUAUCAAACCAUCUCAUCUUGAAUAUCUUCCAUCCCUUCUUAACUGAAUCUUACACUCGGAAAUAAGAAAAAAAGACAAUAAUCAUGCCUCUUGUUAUUCCCCAAGUCUCCCAGGAUGAUAAGGGCGAGUGGCUCAACAAGCUCGUCGGCAAGAAGAUUAGUGAGAAUACUAGCGAUGUCAAUACAUUCGCAAAGACAGACCUCCCUGAAGAUCAUCGUAUCAUCAAGCCUAAUGACCCGGUGACUAUGGAUUUUAGACCGAACCGGUUGAACAUCAAUUUGGAUGAGCAGGGCGUUGUUCAUAGUGUUGGAUUUUUCUAAACAUGUUUUGUAUACCCGGACUUAUUCUGGAUUUGAUUUUGCUACGAGUAUGAUAAUGUGAUAAGGCGAAUGCCAUCCAGACCAGUUUGAAUGAAGACGCUUAAGCAUAUUAU